GGAGAUUGUGAAGCUCGAGCCUUCCAUAUUCAUUCCUCUGUUCGUUAUUUCUUCCAUUUUUGCAGGUGAUCACAUAUUAAUGGAGAGAUUUUGCAAGAAAAUUAGUGUAUCAAAACCACCUCGCUAUGAUACUCAUGGCUUUGACAGAGAAGUCCCAUCUUUUGAAACUGAACAAAACAGUUCUGGGAAUACGGAUCCCAAGAAGCUCAGAAGAGUUAUGGCAAGCAGACAGUAUUCACAGAAGUAUAGGCUGAAGCAACUCCAUUAUAUUCUGCAACUAGAAACAGAAGUGAAAGCUCUCCAAGCUGAAGUGGCAAUUGCCUCUCCUAGGAUGAAGUAUAUUGAUCGGCAGAAUUCUUUACUACGAGCAGAAAAUAGUUCUAUGAAGCAAAGGAUUUCAAUAUUUUCAAGUGAACUUAUGUUCAAAGAAGCUCAAUAUGAGGAAUUGAAGAAUGAAAGAGACAAAAUGAAGCAAUUCUAUUCGGUGAAUCAGCAGCUAUAUCCAGAGUUUUUCAAAACAAAACCAGCGGGGAGUUGUCAAUUAGCAAGUAUUUGACAGCUUUAAUUAAUCUUUGGAUCCAAUUUCUUCUCAGCAGAAACUGAUAAAUCUCCUGAACCUAAACCAGUGAGGCAGUCAACAAUUUAUCAAUUGGGAUUCGUUUGAUCAUCCUUUCAAGUACCUUUUGUUUGUCGUUUGUUAUGCAUACUUGUUUUGUCUUAUUUCUUAUUUUAUGUGCUUUUUCUUUCUUCUAUUUUUGUUUAACUUCAACGGAACUGUAUGAAAGUGAU